AUGGGCGAACGGCGAGUGGAUCCGGUCUCAGUGCUGGGCCAGAAGGUUGCUCCAAUCCUCUUCUCGUACCUCCAACUACCACACAGAACUCGAGCUGAACGAGUUUCUCGUGCUUGGAGAGAGGCGAUCAUGGAAGCCGCCAGGAACGAAACCAAACCUGUUUGGGUGUACAUCAUCUUCAGGAAAAACCAUUGCUCAGGCCACGAAAAGAUGACAGUGAACAUCAGUUUUGAUGGACCAAUCUUCUGGAAACGUCAAGUCGCCUACAUCUACUGCUGUUCGUGUCACUUUGAUGAGCAUGAGGGACCACUGAUGGCCAUCCUCGAAAAGUUCGAACAACGUGUGGAGCGUGUUUGUCUGGUCGACAAGCCAGUGGAUUACCCAUUUCUCCCGGAUUCUCUCUUCUCCUACAUGGCUAACAAAAUGCCGAAAUUGCAGUUCAUCUACUGUCGCGAGUUGGACUUGGAGAAAAUCAACCGGGGAACCGUCGUCGAACUUGCCAAUCAUCCAAACUUGAAGAAGGUGAUCGUUCACCUCUGCCGCAACUAUGAAGUGCUCGAGGACUUCCGAAACUUGCCACAACUUUUGGUGGUGAAAGGAGAGAUUAUGGGCCUGAAGGCUAUGCUCGGUGAUUUCGAAGAGGAAAUCGCCAAAUCCACAGCCAGCAGCUCAGCACAAUCAUCAGAGAAAUCAUCCCACACGCCGGUGCCAGUUAAUAACGGAUAUUAA